AUGAGUGGGAGAGGAAAGCAGAUAGAGGAAGAGGAGGGGAAUGAGAGAGAGAUGCUCCAUCAUUGGAGCCAUGAGCAUCCACUUACUUUGGUGGAAAUUCGUGAAAGAAAUUACUGUUAUGGGUGUGAAGAGCAGUUUAGUGUUGGAGAGCAAGCUUAUGGAUGCAGCACUGAGGGAUGUAACUACUCCAGUUUAUUACAUGCAGAAUGUGUUGUGGUUGCGAGAGAGAUACGCCAUCCAUCGCACCACCCUCAACACAUACUCAUCCAACGCCACGAAUCAGAAUUACGGGGGUGUGAUAUCUGUGGAAGGACUAUUUGGAGCAUUGGUUACAAAUGCUCCAAAUGUGAUUUCCAGAUGCACCUGAGAUGUGCACAAGGGGGUGGCGUGAUUGAUGAUGAUGGUGAUGAUCAAAGGCGCAGCGUAAUUCAUCAUCCAAGCCAUCCCGGCCAUGAGUUGAAGUUGUUCAAGAGAAGGUGUUCCUUCAAGUGCGAUUCUUGCUGCACCACACACGCCAAAGGGAGUUCCUCCUACACAUGCACCACACCUGCAUGUGAGUAUUGGAUCCAUGAGAGAUGUGCUUCCUUGCCUCCAACCAUCAAAAGGGAAGACCACCAUCACUCCCUCUCUUUGUCAUUUCAAGUCCCUUUUGAAUAUCUCAAUUUCAACUUCAAAUGUGACGUGUGCAACACAAUUUUGGUACCCAAUUAUUGGAUAUAUCAUUGUCAAAUUUGCAGAUUUAUAGUCCACGUCAAAUGUGCCUUCAACAAGCCGCCUCCUCGCAUCACUCUUGAUAUUGGGAGAGACAUAAUCCGUCUUCCUCUUCCAACAAAUGAGGUAGCUGAGGAGCUAAUUGCACCUUUUGUGACGAGAGAAAAAGGAGCAUUCAUGCCUAAAGAUGAUGGCGAUGAGUUGGUGAAUGUGAAAUACUAUAAGUUCAUUCAUCACCAACAUCGACUCACUUUAGUCUCAUCUGGCGAUCAAAGCCAAGAAGAAGAAGACGACGAGGAGAAUUAUGGAAAGAGAUCUGAACUGCUAUGUGAUGGGUGCAUCACUCUUAUAACUAGUAGUAAAUAUAUGAGUUGUAGUGAAUGCAAAUACAAUCUUCACGUGGCAUGCUUUCACUUGCCACCUCAACUCUCUUCUCUUCCAAUCCACCACCAGGAACACCCGCUAGUCCUCCAAUCUUUGGACAAACAUCAACCUUGGAAGUGGCAAUAUUGCAGUGUCUGUGGGUGCGGAACUAAUGGACUGUUUUACACCUGUACAAAGUGCGCCUUCAAAGUAGAUAUCAAGUGCGCUUGUAUGCCGGAUACCAUACUUCACGCAGCUCACCCGAAACAUCUCCUCAACCAUGUGACCAAGUCGGAUCUAGGCAGAGAUAUCAACCUAUGGAGCUUGUUUUGUGCAGCUAUAUGUGGCCAAAACAUAUCAUCUUAUGAUUGUUACAGGUGCAGAAACAACUCAUGUGAUUUCAUUGUGCAUGUCAGAUGCGCUUUGCUGCCGGCAUCAGUCAGCAGCCGUAGAUGGGACGAACACCACCCGCUGCUGUUGACGUACGACGCCACUCUCAACCGUCCUGGCGAUUUCUACUGCGAUCAAUGCGAAACACAAAUGAAUCCCAGGAGAUGGAUGUAUCACUGCCGCAGUUGCGAUCUAUCCUUCCAUCCAGAUUGCUUUGUAACUACAUCCGGCGAGUAUAGAAACAGGAAGUUGGGGCAGGAAUAUCAUGUGAAUGCCGCAAUUCAUCCACACCCUCUCACCUUUCAACUUCUCACCACCAAACGCCGCUGCGACAUUUGUCGUUGCAAUGAGAAUGAAAAUCAAGGAUUUUACUGUGCAUUAUGCAACUUCUUCAUUUGUUUCUACGACUGCGGUAAAAAAAUGAUCGAAGAUGGCAACAUUGUCGCCGUCGAAUGAAUGAUGAUAGGGAUGUUGUCUACCUCUUUCCACUUGUAUCUUUAUGUUUAUGCUCUUUUGAUUUGAGUUGAGUUAGUA